AUGAAGUUCACUGGAUUGACCAUUUCACUCGCCCUUUCUGGAUUGGGCUACUCCGCCGCUCUUCCGGUUCUCGGCAAUGUCGAAGGCCCUCUUUCUAGCGUCGGGAGUGCCGUUGGUGGUGUCUCAGGCUCCGCUGCUAAAAUUGUUGCGCCUAUCACUUCUACCACUGACGGCCUGACUGGCAGCAUCAAGCGUGACGAUACUGCUGCCCUUGGGGAGACCGUCCAGACCAUUCCAAGCCUUGCCAACAGCGCUGUGCGCAUUGCUGGCAGUGCUGUCGGUACCGGUGAAAGCCUCGUCUCUGGUGUCGCUGGUACUGCUGAGAAUUCUGUUGCUGGUGCCGGUCCAGCAGCGAAGCGUCAGCUCAACAACCUCGUUGGUAGCACUCUUGGAAGCGCCGUUCCCGCCAUUAUUCAAGAAGCUAAAGCUGGCGGCCUGGCAGGCGGUAUCAAGCGUGAUGGACCUGCCGCACUUGGUGAAACGGUCGAGACCAUUCCCGCUCUUGCCCACAACGGUCUUGCCAUUGCUGGAAGUGCCGUUGGUACCGGUGAGAGCCUUGUCUCUGGCGCUGCUGGUACCGCAGAGAACGCAGUUGGCCAUAAUUAG